AUGUUUAACACUUAGUGGCAUUGACAGUAAAACUAGGCAUGCGGUGAAUGUUUCACACAUAUUUUUGCAGUGACUGGAGUGUGGAUGGUGUUCAUCUGGAGAUAUUGUCAAUUACUUUUUACAUAGGGCAAUCAACUUCCAUUGACAUAAGUGAAGGCAAAGUGAGUAAAGGCGAUGGCAUCUCCUCUUACGAAGUCAUCAUAUGUGGAAACGACGGAAGACUCAAUCCAUGAAUUUAAGAGAUAGAAGAAACUCUCCAAGAAGGUUUAUCGCAAAGCCAAGCUUUGACCACAGUAAAAAUAAUCAACCAACCACCCGCCAUAUCGAAACCAAUAAUUGAAGAGAAGUUACACAAGCGAUUUCUGUGCACUGUAUAGUAAACAGCGAGUGGUGAAACAAUAACGUCUUCUAUGUGCAUGAACUCUUUGAAAAACGUUGUCCUAGAAAAAGGAUGAUGGGACUGAUGCAAGUGCGUUUGGCUAGUGGUAUUUUGUUCCUUUCGGGAAUUGCCAGUGCGGGUAUUUUGGACAAUUUCAAUUGGGGCAGGUCGGAUAGGAUAGAUGUCAAUUUGCCUUGGUUGCCAUUUGAAAAUGAAACCAGAUGCUACGAUGAACUGGGAUGUCUCAAUAUUACUAGGACUUGGUAUCACCUAAUUCUGAGACCAUUCAAUGUGUUUCCCUUGCCUCGAGCUGUGAUAAAUACUAGAUUUAUACUUUAUACGCGAUUGAACCCGAGUGAUGGCCAACUUAUUCGGGCUAACAAUCAGUCGAUCGAAAAAUCGAAUUUAGAUAUUAAGAAGAAAACCAAAUUCAUCAUUCACGGUUUCAUUGACACACCUUUAUCGAACUGGGUGAGAGAUAUGAGAGAUGAACUUCUCAAAUCCCAGGAUGUCAAUGUCAUCGUGGUGGACUGGGCUGGUGGCAGUUUACCCCUCUACACACAAGCCACUGCAAACACUAGAUUGGUAGGACUGGAAAUUGCCUACCUGAUCAAUUAUUUGGUGAAAAAUUAUGAAGUAGAUGCAAGAGAUAUUCACAUAAUUGGACAUUCUCUCGGGGCGCAUACAGCAGGUUAUGCAGGCUCUCUAGUACAGGGGUUAGGAAGAAUAACUGGUUUAGAUCCAGCAGAGCCAUACUUUCAGCCACAAGUGAGACUGGAUCCCAGUGAUGCAGAACUAGUGGAUGUCAUCCAUACAGAUGGAAAGGGAAUAAUUUUUCUUGGGUAUGGUAUGUCUCAACCUUGUGGUCAUUUGGACUUCUAUCCGAACGAUGGAAAAGAACAACCUGGCUGUGAUAUAACUCAAACACCCUUAGUGCCACUCACCCUCAUAAGAGAUGGACUUGAGGAAGCAUCCCGAGUACUUGUGGCUUGUAACCAUGUUAGAGCCAUCAAGUUAUUUAUAGAUAGUAUCAAUGCGAAUUGUCCCUACAUAGGGCACACCUGUUCCAGUUAUAACCAAUUCAAAGAAGGAAGAUGUUUCACCUGCAAGCCAGGUACAGGGUGUGCCAUUAUGGGAUAUCAUGCAGAUUCAACUCCCGGAUUGUUGGAAAACGAAUUGCAACCGCAAUCAAAGCUACAAGAAACAAUUGGAAACAAAUAUUAUUUAACCACUGGGAAGGAAUAUCCUUUUUGCCACCGCAUUUAUCGAGUAAGCGUUGAAACAGCACACCCCUCAUUUGCCGAGAAUUGGGUCCAGGGUCAUCUGAAAGCUUCCGUCUACAGCCCCUCUGGGGUAAUCCACAUGGACCUAACCCCAUCUGGUGAUAUGAAGUUGGAACAUGGCGCUACCUAUACCACAAUAGUGUCUCAUCCUAUAGAUCUAGGAGGGAAUGUGAGAAAAGUAGAGCUCAACUGGGAAUAUGAUAUGAAUGUUUUAGAACCCAGAACUUUGUGCUUGUUCUGGUGCAAUGACCACCUCUAUGUGAAAAACGUAUUGGUGGAAGAAAUGGAGAUGCCAGGGCGAGGGAAAAGAGAUGCCCAAUUCUCCAGCAAACUGUGUUCCAAAGGAAAAAAAGACUAUGCAGAUAUUUCUAAUAGGGGAAAAGGAAUUUUCACAGACUCAUGUUCAACUUCAAACAAAUAUUCCAAGAGCUAGUGAUGAAUAACUAGUGAAAAAUCUGAAAUAGUAAUAAAUGUUUCUUCAAGAAAGGAGGAAUAGGUGGUGUGUUUGAGGAUGUAAAUAUAAUAGAUUUGAGGAUAAACAUUUUUAGAAAUAUUUGUUAUCCAUUGUGAUUUAAGUAGAUAUAUUUAUUAUGAAAGUACAAAUUUAAAGAAUUUGUCAAUCCCACUGAUUUUCAAAUCAGAAAUUGAAAAAAGUUUCCAAAAUAUUUGAAUGGAAUAAUCUUAUAAACCAUUCAAAUCCUGAUUGUAAGGUAGAUUGAGAUAGUCUAUGUACUGAAAACAGAUUUUUUUUCGUUAUAUGAAAUUGAGGUAUUAUGGAUGGAAUCUCCAGUAUGAGAGUCUUCACAAAAAUAUCUAAGUUGCAAUAUUUUAGAAAAAUCAAAGUGGCUUAUUUCAUUUGUAUCCUUAUAUGAUGACUAGUUAUAAUUUUAAAAAUGUGAUUUUAUUCAGUCACCAUCUAUUAUGCCAAUGUUUUUAUAAUAUAAUUUCAUCCACUUUAUAUUUCAUACCUGUAACUUCGAUUUUGUACUUGUGAACUAUGUUUGUGAUAUCAUUUAUUUUUUAUUCGAGACAAUGAAUAUAUAUAUUCAGUAAAAA